CGUGGACGCGCAGCAGCAUCUGUGCCUUUAAGAGCCUCUCUGACAGCAUCCUCUUCUGUCACGGACGCGCACUCCGCUGCUCAACAUUUGGGAAUACAGACAGAUCUCCGCUACAAGAUGGCUGAGUUGAAUUUGGGGAAGGGGCUGACCGCAGGGAAAGUGGCCAGCAACGUCCAGAAGAAGCUAACGAGAGCCCAAGAAAAGGUUCUUCAGAAGCUUGGCAAAGCCGAUGAGACCAAAGAUGUUGCUUUUGAGGAAGGUGUGAUCAACUUUAACAAACAAUAUACCGAAGGCAGCAAACUGCAAAGGGACCUUAGGGCAUACCUGGAGGCUGUGAAAGCCAUGCAUGAGUCCUCCAAGAACGUGCAGGCCUGUUUGGCUGACAUGUAUGAACCCGAGUGGUACGGCAAGGACGAGGUGGAUUCCAUUGUGGAGGACUGCGAUGUUCUUUGGACCGAUUACCACCAAAAGUUGGUCGAUAAUGCUCUCAUCUCCAUGGAUACCUACCUGGGCCAGUUCCCUGAUAUCAAGUCACGCAUAGCUAAGAGGGACAGGAAGCUUGUGGAUUAUGACAGUGCCAGGCACAACUACGCCACCACACACAAGACCAAGAAAAAGGAUGGGAGCAUUAAAAUUACCAAGCCCUCCUCUUUGUUGGAGAGGGCCACUCCGGGAUGGGCCCAGGGUAUAUUGUCUGCACACAAUGUUGCCCAGAGCAGUCUAUCCAGAAACCAGGCGGAGGAUGAGUUGGAGAGAGCCCAGAAGGUGUUUGAGGAGAUUAAUAUUGACUUGCAAGAGGAAUUACCUUCGCUCUGGAACAGUCGCGUUGGAUUUUAUGUAAGCACCUUCCAGAGUUUGGCUGGUUUCGAGGAAAAGUUUCACAAGGAAAUUGGCCGGUUGGAUCAGGACUUGUAUGACAUCUUGGAGAAAUUGGAGAACACGGACAUGCAAACCACUGGAAAAACAGGUCCCAGCGGCGCCUCAUCGUCAGCAACAAAUAGGAGUGCGAGUGUAAAAGAAGCGUCUAACCACAGUCUCAGGCCAGCGGGACCACCUCCAAUCCCCAAAUCUCCCUCCAAGCUAAGGCCUGCAAUGCCUCCUCCACCCAAGGUGACCCCAUGUAAGGAGAUGAAAACCGAGAACAUCGUCAGCCUUUUUGAUGCUGCAGCUACUCCUGAUAUCAACGUCACCUCCCCUACAGAGUUUGACAGUCCUGCAGAGAGCAGCCUGUUGGAAAUGGACCUGGACUCAUUCAGUGCACCAACCAAAGCCUCCACGGUCGCACAGCCUGCAAACUGGGACUCAUGGCAUGAGGACAGUGGUGCCCAGGAAGAGGACACCACCCAGAACUAUGACCCUGUGGCUGCUGCCACGGAUGCCUGGGGUGACGAUGGUUCACAGCCUAUCCGCUAUGACCCCAUAGCAACCGCCACAGAGGGCUGGGGUGAUGACGGAACCCUACCGGUUCGCUACGACCCUGUGGCCCCGGCUCAGGGAGCAGGGGGGGAUGACGAUGAGGGCCAGCAGGCUCAUCACGAUCCCGAGGGCGAAGCCCAGGAGGACCGGGGCGAUGACGGGGUCCAGCCCGUCACAGAGGUGCCCGCCCCUGAGGUGCCUGCCCCCGAGGUGCCUGUCCCCGAGGUGCCUGUCCCCGAGGACGAAACGCCUGCAGCUGAAGCUGCAGGUGAAGUGGUCGAGGUGGUCGAGGAAGACACCACAGCGGCUGAUGCUCCGUUGGAUGAUGAAGAGGGUCAGGGUGAGUCUGCAGCAGCUGCUGCAACACCUGAGGAGGAAACACUAACAGAGGAGACGCCUGAAGUCCAAACAGAAUCUACAGAACCAUCAUCAGAGCCCGAGAAAAUGCCACCUGGCUUCUUGUUUAAGCUCCAGGUGAUGCAUGAUUAUGCUGCCAACGACACAGACGAACUGGAGAUGAAGACAGGCGAUGUGGUGCUGGUUAUUUCCUUUGACAACCCCGACGAACAGGACGACGGCUGGCUGAUGGGCAUGAAGGAGGAUGACUGGCUGCAGAACAAAGAAAAUGCCGCUACAGGAGUAUUCCCAGAGAAUUUCACUCAAAGGCUGUGAGAGAUGUGGACAAGAUGUCAUUUCAGCGCCCGUCAUCAUGUCUCUCUUCCUCUUGCCUCGAUCCUUCCGUCCCUCUCUCGUCCUGAUACCACCCUACUCUCGACUAGGACUUUGGCCAUAGAGGCAGAGCUGUCACAGCCCUGGCUGAAAUCAUGCAUUGCUAAGGUCUGCUACACUGUGCUAAAAGUGGAUCUUAGCAUUUCGCUGGAUUUCUGUCAACAUUUACAAUUACAGAUGUAGUCAUUUCACCGCCCCCCCGCCCCUCAUUUGUUGUCCUACUUCUACUCAAUUAAUAAGAGAAUCCUGAUCAUACAGGAUAAUAUGCAAUGUCUACAUUUGCAAUUGCAUUAUAAUAUUUUAUUCCUGGCCAUGUCUCUUCAUUAACUUGACACGGCGUAUUACACCUCCAUAACAGGGCAUAUCUGUUUUGAGACAUGCGUUUGCUCAUCUGUGACUGAGAGAUUGAAGAAGUAAAUGAUUAAGACAAAGUAUUCCUUCCACACAUGCAGCGUAGGCCUAAGCCCUAUAUCCUGUUUCCAAUUUCUAACUGGAAACCUCUGCCCGGUCAAACUGAGAAACUACCUUUGAACAGACGAGGUGCAGAAUCAGCGCCUAUUCAGCUAAAUAGCUAAAUAAAAAAAUACUGCAGAAUUUGAGUAAACCAAACUAAAUUAGCCAUCUCAUUAACACGUCUUGAGUUUCGCCACUCACCGUUGGUUCUGAGGCGGAUCGCCAUCUUCUCAUUUUCAAGUGGGUUUUUGAAACAAAUCUCUAUUUUGGUCAAUAGUACGUUUUAGCCACACGUGUAGCCAUCGAGUGUCGUUGUUUUCCUUGGGAAUGCGGGUUUCCUCACCGGCAACUAAGCGGCUGGCUGGAGUGAGUCAGUAAAGCUCAAGCAUUGGUUUUGGUGCCAGUAUCUAGCACAAUCACUCUGAUUUCUCCUGGUUCUGCUGCUCAAACUUAAAAGCCCGUUGGACUCAUCCAAAACAUCUCUGAUUUCUACUUUGAUUACCUACUUGUGAAACAUUGAAAAAUGGGCUCCUUGUUGUUGUAUUAGUUUAGCUCCAAUAGUGGUAUAAUAGCAUGAACCUUUUGUUGAACACACAAACAAUUUAAAGAGAGCAGGAAUUACAUUUAAAAACGCUUUAAAAACACAAACAGAAAUACUGAUCACAGAGUCCUUUAGAGUAGAAAAAUGUGAGACUUCUUCUCUGACAGUCAGGUUUUUUAUUGUUGUUGGAAUUUGUGUGAAGUUGUGUGGAGUGGGCAUGUUAAAAAAUCUUUUCAUGGAAUUGUCCUUUUUUCUUCACGGGGGAUUCAAAAUAUGCAUUAUUCAGGCUCGCUUAAAGGCUAGCCACCAAACUACUGCAACGAGGCGCUGCUACUGGUAGUAUAAUAGGACAGCAGAUGUGGUUACACUUUAAUGCUAAUCAAAUAUAUUAUAACUGAGCCGGCCUCAUUCGUUAUUGAAAAUGUGCCGAAAAAGAAUUCCUUCUGUUUGCAUUGAGACGACUUAACUCAAAUGCAGAUGAUUCAGAAUAUGCACCAGAGCAACGUCUUUUAUUUUUGUAUGCUGACAAGCAAUGAUUACAGAUAGCCUAAUGUAACUAUGUCAACAUAAUUGCCAACUUACUGUAGGGUGUUAUGGAGUGUUUUGUACUUCUGUCAGGUUCACUGCUCUCAACAUAGCCGCUUACUGUAGGUAAUUCAAACCAUCACACAUUCAUUCAGUCACUGACUCAGAAGACAUUUCUCAUGAUAUUAUUAACAUGUAAUAAGAGUGUGAGAAAAUGGUUGUGUGAGAUUGUAUGUGUGCGUGUUUACGGGAUGUUUGGAAAUCUAAAUUCUUUAUCUAUAGGCAAUUGUUAUUGGACGAUAUCACUACCACCUACCAGGGGAUGUGGGUUUUUUCCGGACUGGACAAAGACAACUAAUAUUUGGGUCUUUUUCCACGCGCUGGUAUUAUGGUUCGAGGUGUUAUUGUGCAUUUGUUGUGUAUAAGUGUAAUUUUGCCAAGCUGUGAUGACAGAUACAUAUUAUAUAAAGUCAUUCAUAUCUGUAUGUGAGUUACCGUGAGCAUGCUGACUUCCCAUGUGUUGUUGUGUGAACACCCUUAAUUUAAGACAAUGAUACAUGGGUCACUUUUGAGGCAGCUGGAAUUUUUUUUAUUUAUUUAUUGUUAUUUAUUUGUUAAUCUUGGUAGGAGAUAUGGGGGGCAGUUAUACAUGAAAUGUGUGUUUUCACCAUUCCCUCACAAAUUUGUCAUGAUUAUGGUUGCUCGUUUUUUCAUCAGCAAUUGCCUCAAAAUGUUGCCAAGGUAUCGUGGUCCCAACAGGCCUAACCAUGGUUACAUGGAGACGGGACACGUAGAGAAAGGCGUCACACCACCAGACUCAGGUGGACACAUUUAGAGUUUAAAGUUUUCAGUAUUUCAACCAUUUGAGAUGUGCAUGAUUUAUUCAUAUAAAUAUGAAAAGCCCCACGUGAGGACGUCACCUGCAUAUUUUUGGUAAACCAAUCACUGUCAUAUUCUUAAUUUUACAUGUCUAAAUUGGUGAGUGUUUCACCUUGGUCUGGUUUUUGGGGCAUUGGUCUAUAUGGAUGAUGGCGUCUCCUGUAAUGAGCUAUGGGAUACAACAAAAACUUUUUUCCUGUACCUAACUGAACAAAAAUAUUAAAGAUUCUGUAGAAUCUC